AAUGGAAUGUCAAAACAGUUUACAUCAAAAUAACCUUUCAUGAGGUUGUUAAGUUUAUAAAUAAUUCACUCUUGGCACUGGUUUACUAACAAUAAACAUAAUGAUAAUGCUAGUUAUUUAAUGAAUCCAAAGACGGAACUAAAAUUAACUUGCUGGUUGGGAUAGAGAAGAUAUGUCCAUUCAGUGUUGCAUUCUUAUUUGAGUUUUAUUUUGUGUGAACCAGUCAGUGGAGAUGUGCAAUGGAGGAGGCGGUAGGACUUACCACUAAAGAUGCUCUGAACAGGUUAAGCAAGGAAAUUGAGCAUGUUGUGAAGCAUUACAAGACUUCACACAAGCAAAAAAGACACUUUUCAUGGCUCUACGAUUCAUUACAUCACAACAGUUACUACACCAACAUCAAUUGGAUUUCCACUUUUUUACUACUUGUGUGUGCUUCUACUAUGAUUUUAACUUUUGUAAAUGCAAAUUCUUCAUCAUACUUGAUUUAUGAGGCUACUAUAAUUUUGGUGAUUAUGACACUUGCUGUGAUUUUAGAAUUGUUUGAUAACAAGCUGAGGCAUAAUGAAAUUAUGAUCAGGGUGAUGGGAUUAGUAAAAAGUAUAAAGACAGAAAUGGAGACUGUUUCAUGGCAAGCAGAUGACUAUCCGCAUCUGUACACACCUUUUUCACCAUGCAUUACUUUGCAAUGGACUUAUAGAGAUAAUAAGAUUGUAAACUUGCCCUGGGCUCUUUUGGUGCAAGAUGAUAUAAUUGUGGUUAGACCAGGACAACUUAGUCCUGGCUACUGUGAGUCUUUGGACAAGUGCAGCGAAUAUCCAUUAUUGCAUUUCAAGGAGGUAUAUGGUCCGACGUUACAAAAUGCAAACGAGAUAUUCUCUGUGCCGAAAGCGCGUAAACCGUUGGAUAGUAAGCGCUAUCGGAUGCUUGAAACUCCUAUUCUAAAUAAUCUGAAGAUGAUCCUGGAGCAGGGAUUGGAUAGACCAAUUACACCACACAACAAGCAGAGACAUUUAGUAAUUGUGAGAGUUAUUGAACGGAUCGUUCUCCCAUCUGUACUUCUUUUGAUUUUUCUCAUUAAUAUCAUCAGAUUUUUAUACUUGGAGAAUAUAAUUGGGCGGGCGUCAUGGGUGGAUCUAUUUCUACUUGUACCUAUUACUACUGUUUUACCACUUCUUCCAAUGACAUUCCCAAUUAUUUGGAACUUGUUAAACUACCUAGGCAUGGCUAGGUUUAAGACAUUGUUUGAUCUAUGUCCAAUAAUGAAGAUCAAGGAAGAAUUGUUUGAUGAUCAGGACACCAAAACGGAAAUCCUCUCGGAUAUUGAAUUUGAUUACAGGUUGAUUUGGCAUAAUUUUAAGGACAUAAUACUUGGGCGUGUCUCAAUGUUGCCAAGAACUGCAAAUAUCCUGCAGGUCCUGGGAUCCGUUACUGCUUUAUGCUGCGUGGACAAGAAAGGGAUUCUUUCAUGGCCAAAUCCCACGGCAGAGAAGGUGUUCUUCUUGCAUAAUACUGAGAACCUCUCUGAUGUUUCCAGUCUAGCAAAUCUCAACGAGCUGAAUACUGACGAAAAGAAGGAGGUGGAGGAGAAUGAGGAGGAGCAGCCUAGCGAAGUUUCCUGCUCUGCCAUUGCCGAAGUGCUGGACGUUACUUAUAAUCCGAACGAACCUUUCAAGUUGCAUUUCGAUGACAUGAAAUGGCACAACCAUCUGAAUUCCCUGAAACCUUUAGGAUUAUCUAUAUUACUCAACACUUGUAACUUAGAUACACAGGACCAUUACACACAGUUUUGCGCACAUAUAACCUGCGAGGCGAUGUAUAACGAGAAUUUGGUUCCUGUAACUAAUAGGAGGUGUCUUUGCGAAUUGGCCAAGGAAAUAGGCUUCUUGGAGCAGGCUCAGAAAAUCUUUUCAUUGGAGCAGCAAUUGUCGACAUUCCGGCAUCUUCAACCUGAAAUGGUGAGAAGGGAUAACAAGUAUGCCAGAUCGUUGAGUAUGUCUACCAAGUUGAAAUUUCCAUUUCCACAUAUGUUUGCUGUUGUUGUGAAGGAAUUAAGUAGCGGUUCGAUGCAGCUGCUGUCACAGGGAACGGCUGAUAUCGUAUUGGACUCAUGUGUGGAUUACUGGGAUGGAUACGACUUGUGUCCUCUGACUCCAGCAGAUAGAAAGAAAGUACAGGAUUUUUAUCAACGGAGCAGCCUUACUGCCUAUUGUACUGCCUUCGCUUACAGGCCUUUAUCAAAGGGAGUCAGUGAUAAAUUGAGCAAAGUAUAUUUGGAAUUGCCAAGCGACAGUCGACAUUUGUACCAGUGUCACAGAAGCCCGACGCCAGUACACUGGGAUUGCAGGAGCGUCCUAGAGCCAAAAAUCCGUACGCCCUUGGGUCCCUUUUACAGCACUGAUUCUCUUUUGUACAAUGACACACCUUGUAGCGACGUUGCCGAUGCAGAUAGCUGCUUUGAUAUGCAGUGUAAUCAGGUCCUUAUUGGUUUAAUUACUAUGCAGUACCAGGCUCAAUGUGACAUGGUGCACUUAAUUGAGCAGCUUGAGAGGGCGUGCAUUCGGUUUGUACACUUCAGUAAGGAGAACGAGUUAAGGUCACGGGUAUUCAGUGAGAAAAUGGGACUGGAAAGUGGGUGGAACUGUCACAUAAGUUUAUUGAGUGAUAGGAACAGACAAGACAUUGGAGCUGCAUCGCGCGGAUCCACGGCAUUGAUAAGGCGCAAAUCGCAAAGCGAUCGACGGCUUUACUCGAUAGAUACACCUACGAAUGAAUUCAAGAAUAUUCUUGAUAGCAAUCUGGAGUCUUCCCGAACGAUGAGUUUCUCCGCGCCGAGCGCUAUUAACAUGGAUCAGACGGUUGUCAGGUUCGACAUAGAGAAUGAACCGCUGAUGAAACAAAUUUCCAAGGAUAAGGACGUUAAUAGUAUCAGUGAUGGCGAGAACGCCAACAGUCAGGAGUCUGUGCUGAUGCAAGAAACUGGAAAAGAUACCCACGAUUGGCAGUCGUUGAGCUGCCUUACAGAUAGCACCGAGCAGAGCGCUCCUAUCAAUUUCGAUAUGAGCAAUCGAGCAAAACUGCCAAGGGGAAUCGACAAGAUCCGGCCACACAUCGAGAUGAUUGAUAACGUUCCUCUUUUGGUUUCGCUUUUCACUGAUUGUACAGCGGCGAGCACGAAGGAGAUGCUUCAUAUUAUGCAAGACUACGGUGAAGUGGUCUGUGUCAUAGGCUCAUCUGCAAAUAAUGAAAACAUGGGAAUAUUCAUGCAGGCUAACGCUAGCAUUGGUAUCGAACCAAUUUAUCCGCAAGUCUGCCAGAAAAAGGACGCGUGUUUAAAGACAUCUGUGACCAAUACACAGAAAUUACUAUCGUCGCCCAUCGAACUAUCCAGAUCACUGAACUCAAUUCCAUGUUCACUUUCCUUCAUGCGCGAAGAUCCAAUCUCCAUUUUCCACUUGGUCAUGGAAGCGCGUCAUUACAUUUCAAUUUUAUGGAAUACAGCGCAAUUCUGGUUAUCAUGCUGUAUUACCCUGAGCAUGAUGCAACUAGUCGGUGCGCUGUUCAUGUUACCUGCUCUGUUGACGCCCGGUCAGGUGAUUUGGAUCGUUUGCGUUUUAAUUCCACUUCUCAGUUGCUCGUUGAUUGGCACCAAAACUGAUAAGAAUAUUAUGAAGAAGCCACAGAGUAAGAACGAGAUUAUCUUCAACGCCGAGCUUGCUUCUUUCGUGAUCUGGUGUUACGGUUCUAAAUUCCUACCGGCCAUUUUCAUAGUGCUUGUAACAUUCGCAAGUAGUCUAGCGUCAUACUGUCUGGACCUUUGUUCAAAGCAGAACUGUUCAUGCAUCCUCUUCUACUUACCCAUGGAGCAACAGAACUCUACUGUCAUCGGCGGUUGGAUGGACACCGAGCACAGUGUGACGCUACAGCAUUCGCAGAACUUUGUUGUGUUCUUAAUACUCUUGCACUUUGUGACGAUUUCAAUAGGGUUUGUGCAUAGGGAGCAAAACAUAUGGACCCGAGGGCCUCAAAACAACUUCAUCUGGUUAUCCACCGUCAUCCUAUUACUGUUAAUUCAAAGUAUUUAUACUUUCAUUAGUAUUGGGAAAAGCUAUAACGGUAAUGAAAACACAACCACCAGGUAUACACUUAAUAUGAUUAUACUUAUUUUUGGUAUGAUUUCUCCACUGAUUACUUUCAUCAUUAACGAGUUGGUUAAACGCGAGGAAAUUAGGGUGAAUUUGCGACAACAACGAAGAACACGUUUGGAGUUUGGGACAAAGCUAGGAAUGAACUCGCCUUUCUAAAUGUGUUUUUAGUAUCGAUGUGCUCUUAUAAUCGUAAUUGUGUUCAAACCUAUGAAAAUGAGAGAAAAAACUUUUAUAAUUUGUACAUAAUGUUAUACAAUAUGACGAUGGAUGUGGUUUGUAAGCUUUCCUAAGAAUUAUGUGUAAGUUGGACUGUUAUUUUUCAAUUCGUAUUGUGCAAUGUAGCUUCUUUUUUCUUUACAAAAAAAGGAGCAUC